GAUUUUGUGAUUUGUGCAGGUGACUGCGGAGACCACGUUGUAGUGAAGAACACUCGGCACAUCGCCUUCUCUGGGAAUAAGUGGGAACAGAAAGUUUACUCUUCGCACACUGGUUAUCCUGGAGGUUUCAAACAAGUCACUGCAGCCGUACUUCAUAGGAAGGACCCAACCGCUAUUGUGAAACUGGCAGUUUAUGGAAUGUUGCCGAAAAACCUUUACAGGAAGACCUUGAUGCUGAGACUGCACAUAUUCCCUGAAGAGGACAUUCCUGAAGACAUCUUGAGGAAUCUCGUUACUGAAAUUAAGCAACCCAGAGUCAUUCCCCGAAGGCUGGAUGAGUACACACAAGAGGAAGUUGAAGCUUACCCCAAGCUCUGGAUUCCGUAUGUAUAUUUUAUCAUAAUUUUCUUUUCUCAUUUUGGUUUAAAAUGCAACACCUUCUCCUUUUCCCAAAUGUUAGAUAACACUGAAAUCAAACCGAAAAUUUUUUAUGGAUUGCAAAAGACGCUGAGCUUUCUCAUCGGAAAGCCCAGAUCUACCAGACUACUUGUGUAG